AUGGAUCUUCACGGAGCCCUAGUGUCCAGCCCCGGCAUGGGCCACGCCGUCCCAAUCAUAGAACUCGGCAAACGCCUUCUGACUCACCACGGCUUUGAUCGUGUCACUGUCUUCCUCGUAACAACUGACAUCUCACGUUCGAAAUCCCAACUCGGACUAUCAAUGUCUGAAACCCCUGGUUUGGUAAUAGAGUUUAUCUCUCUAGAAGUUCCUGAACAGGAUCUCACUGGUUCUGUCCUGAACAAACUAGCUACGAUGAUGCGAAUGGCCUUGCCGGAGAUUAGAUCCGCUGUUAUGGAACUGGAGCCACGCCCUACGGUUCUAGUGGCUGACUUGAUGGGCAUUGAAGCGUUGGCCGUGGCUCGAGACCUCGAGGUUACGAGAAAAUUCGUUCUUGUUACCACGAGUGCAUGGUUUCUGGCACUUACGGUCUAUAUGGCUAGUCUUGAUAAGGGUACGUUAUAUAAGCUUGUAAGUAGCCGUGAACCAUUGCUCAUACCGGGUUGCAGCCCGGUUCAGCUCGACCCGGUUCAGGAUCCCAGCAGUAUCCAGGAUCUGACCGAGUGCUUGCGCAUGGGAACUGAGAUAUUAGCCGUCAAUGGUGUGUUCGUGAACACGUGGCAUGAGCUCGAGUGCGAGGUGAUUGGCUCUUUCUUGGACCCGGAGAAACUGGGUCGAGCCAUGGGAGGAGUACCGAUCUACCCGGUUGGACCGCUGAUCAGGCCGGUAGAACCGGGUUUGAAGCACGAGGUGUUGGACUGGCUUGAGCAGCAACCCGAGGAGUCUGUAGUGUUCGUCUCGUUCGGAAGUGGCGGGUCCCUUACAUCCGACCAAACGACCGAACUGGCCUGGGGGUUGGAGCUGAGUCGGCAAAGGUUUGUCUGGGUGGUCCGCCCACCGGCCGAGGACGACCCAUCUGCGUCCAUGUUUAACACGACCAAGAACCAAGCGACCAAGACAGAUUUCUUACCAGACGGGUUUCUAGAGAGGACCGAGAAGACAGGACUGGUGGUCCGAACGUGGGCCCCGCAGGAGGAGAUCCUGGCACACCGUUCAACCGGAGCCUUCGUGUCGCACUGUGGAUGGAAUUCGAUUCUCGAGAGCGUGGCCAAUGGCGUGCCGAUGAUUGCAUGGCCUUUGCACUCGGAGCAGAAGAUGAACGCGUGGAUGGUGUCGGAAGAGUGGAAGAUCGCCGUUAGGGCAACCGGCCAGGGGACGGUGAGAAGGGAAGAGAUAGCGGAGAUGUUGAGGAGAGUGAUGGAAGAGGAAGAAGGGAAAGAGAUGAGGAAGAACGUUCAAAAUCUCAAGAACACAGCACAAGAAUCUCUUAUGAGGACAGAAUCCAAAAAUCUGCAAAUAUAGAAUGACAGAUAAUCUACACACCAGAGCUAUGGAUUGUGUGAAGCCUCAAGAGAGAGAAAAUGGAAUGGCGAUUACGCUAAUCUCCAGAACUGAUUUCAAGAAUUGGUCGUCUUUCCAACAAGACUAUAUUUCUAAUUUUGGCCCUUUGAUUUUCUGUGUUCUUUCACUUAAGGCCCCCUAUUUUCCUCAAUGACAACUGACCCCCCUUUUUCCAUCAAGGACAACAUGUUUUCUUUUUCUUCCUUUAUUGAACCGAAUCCAAUAACGUGCACAAAUCAACCUUUUCAUUUGUACAAGAAGAAAAACCAUCGACAAUUAGGAUUUUCAUUUUUAUUUUGAGUAAAAAAAAUAAGAACAAAGAUUUUUUUUUUUUACUCAUAAGAAUGUACACAACCCACUCCGCGUCAAUCCAUACUUCCCCACCAUC